AGCGCCAGCGCCGGUCGCGGUCGGGCUCAGCUCAGUGUGUGGUGAGCGGCGGCGGCGCGGCCGGGCCGGGGAGCGGGCGGGGCCCGGCGGCCUCAGCAUGGAGGACGGCUUCUCCAGCUACAGCAGCCUGUACGACACGUCCUCGCUGCUCCAGUUCUGCAACGAUGACAGCGCUUCUGCUGCAAGUAGCAUGGAGGUGACAGACCGCAUUGCUUCACUGGAGCAGAGAGUCCAGAUGCAAGAAGACGACAUCCAGCUGCUCAAAUCAGCUCUAGCUGAUGUGGUUCGGCGGCUGAACAUUACUGAGGAACAGCAGGCCGUGCUUAACAGGAAAGGACCUACCAAAGCAAGACCACUGAUGCAGACCCUGCCUUUAAGAACCACGGUCAACAAUGGCACUGUGUUACCAAAGAAACCUACUGGCUCUCUACCAUCCCCCUCCGGGGUCAGGAAAGAAACUGCUGUGCCAGCAACCAAAAGAUUAAACAGAUCUGUGAGUCUUCUCAAUGCUUGCAAACUGAAUAGAUCGACACCAAGUAACAUCAAGAGGACCAGCUCUUCUGAACGAGUGUCUCCUGGGGGUCGAAGGGAAAGCAAUGGGGAUUCCAGAGGAAACCGGAAUCGCACAGGCUCCACCAGCAGCUCUUCCAGUGGCAAAAAGAACAGUGAAAGCAAACCCAAGGAGCCUGUAUUCAGUGCAGCCCUUCUGUCUCUGUCUCCGAAAUCACAAGGGAAACGCCGGGUGACACACUGCAAAGAAGAAGGCUAUGUAAAAAUGUUUCUUCGUGGACGCCCUGUUACCAUGUACAUGCCCAAAGAUCAAGUGGAUUCUUACAGCUUGGAAGCAAAAGUAGAACUUCCAACCAAGAGACUCAAGCUGGAAUGGGUCUAUGGGUACAGGGGUCGAGACUGCCGUAACAACCUGUACUUGCUUCCGACGGGAGAGACCGUCUACUUCAUCGCAUCCGUGGUGGUGUUAUACAACGUGGAGGAGCAACUGCAGAGGCAUUACGCUGGUCACAACGAUGACGUGAAGUGCCUAGCAGUUCAUCCUGAUCGGAUCACGAUAGCAACAGGACAAGUUGCGGGCACAUCGAAGGAUGGAAAACAAUUGCCCCCACAUGUGCGCAUCUGGGAUUCUGUGACAUUGAAUACUCUCCACGUCAUUGGAAUAGGUUUUUUUGACCGAGCAGUCACCUGUAUUGCAUUCUCAAAAUCUAAUGGAGGAACCAAUCUCUGUGCUGUGGAUGACUCCAACGACCACGUGCUCUCUGUAUGGGACUGGCAGAAAGAAGAAAAACUGGCAGAUGUGAAGUGCUCUAAUGAAGCUGUGUUUGCUGCGGAUUUCCACCCCACGGACACCAACAUCAUAGUUACCUGUGGAAAAUCACAUCUCUACUUUUGGACACUAGAAGGAAGCUCCCUUAAUAAGAAGCAAGGAUUAUUCGAGAAACAAGAAAAGCCAAAGUUUGUCCUCUGUGUGACUUUCUCUGAAAACGGUGACACCAUUACUGGAGAUUCAAGUGGCAACAUCUUAGUAUGGGGAAAAGGUACAAAUCGAAUAAGCUAUGCAGUUCAGGGGGCCCAUGAGGGUGGCAUUUUUGCACUUUGUAUGUUAAGAGAUGGCACACUGGUGUCGGGAGGUGGGAAAGACCGAAAGCUCAUUUCUUGGAGCGGAAACUAUCAAAAACUUCGUAAAACGGAGAUUCCAGAACAGUUUGGUCCAAUACGGACAGUGGCCGAGGGGAAAGGCGAUGUGAUCUUGAUUGGCACAACUCGAAACUUUGUCCUGCAGGGCACUCUGUCAGGGGACUUCACACCCAUUACUCAGGGUCACACUGAUGAGCUCUGGGGACUGGCCAUCCAUGCCUCAAAACCUCAGUUCUUGACCUGUGGGCAUGACAAGCAUGCCACUCUCUGGGACGCUGUGGGUCACCGUCCCGUCUGGGACAAAAUAAUAGAGGAUCCAGCUCAGUCUUCUGGUUUUCAUCCUUCAGGGUCUGUGGUUGCAGUCGGAACACUCACUGGGAGGUGGUUUGUGUUUGACACAGAAACAAAAGACUUGGUCACCGUUCACACAGAUGGAAACGAACAGCUCUCUGUAAUGCGAUACUCACCAGAUGGGAAUUUCUUAGCCAUAGGCUCACACGACAACUGCAUCUAUAUAUAUGGCGUUAGUGAGAACGGGAGGAAGUACACGCGAGUGGGCAAGUGCUCGGGUCAUUCCAGCUUCAUUACUCACCUGGACUGGUCUGUAAACUCACAGUUCCUCGUGUCAAAUUCCGGAGACUACGAAAUCCUCUACUGGGUUCCCUCUGCCUGUAAGCAAGUCGUAAGUGUGGAAACUACGAGAGACAUUGAAUGGGCUACCUAUACCUGCACUUUGGGAUUCCAUGUUUUUGGAGUGUGGCCAGAAGGCUCGGACGGAACCGACAUCAAUGCCGUCUGUCGGGCCCAUGAGAAGAAACUCCUGUCAACAGGCGACGACUUUGGCAAAGUGCACCUCUUCUCAUACCCCUGCUCGCAGUUCAGGGCUCCAAGCCACAUCUACGGCGGGCACAGCAGCCAUGUCACCAAUGUCGAUUUCCUCUGUGAAGACAGCCACCUCAUCUCCACGGGCGGGAAAGACACAAGCAUCAUGCAGUGGCGCGUCAUUUAGUACCCACCGAGAGCUGUGGGGAGCAGCAUGGGCAAGGAAGACACAGACUCGCAUUACCCUUGGUCACUGUGAUUUCUGUUUUGUUUAAAAAAUUCUUACAAACCUCAGGAAAACUGUGCCCUCCGCCGGCUACCUUAGCUUAGUGCGUCAGCGGGCGCCACAGCGGAUCAGCGGUUCCGUGUUCACUUUUGUUAUACAAUAUAUGACACAGUGCACAUUGAAUACCAACAAGGUUGCAACGUUUACAUUAUAGCCACAUCAACAGAAGUAACUGGUAUAUUCUUAGUAACUUUUCUAUGAACUCUUCAAAAAUGGUCACAGAAUGCCUUUUAAAACAUUGUAUAUAAUCUUCACUGUUUCACCAUCUAGCUUGCUAAGUCAAAUAUUUAUGAUGAUAAUGAGGUACUGAACCAUGAUGGCUGUUGAGGAAUUGGUCCUAAAAGGACAGAUCACUUCAGAAGAGUGAAUAACUGAUUUGCACAGCUGGAUCAGGAGACACAAAGAUGAGACCGUGUUUGGUUACAUUUUCCAAAGUUUCAUUGCAUUCUCCCUUGCGGAGGCCGCGAGACAGGGCUUGCAUCCCCCUUGUGCGAAGCAGACUCUACUCCUAACUGACUCCAAUAUUUCAGCAGGGCACACAGGCGUUUCCAAGUUUCAGUGACACCAUCCUGCCUAACCAGAUGCGGUCAGCCUCUUCACACCCACCUGGCUUGCAUCCCCCAUCCCUUGUUCACACGCCCUGAUUCACGGUGAGACAUUUUGCCACCUUCUUGUGUAUAUUACUUGGCAUGAGAUGAUAUUGUAUAGGAUUCUAGCAAUUCAUAAUAAAUAUGUAAGACUAGGCUUUACUGUCUUAUGCUUAUGGACAUUGUAUAUUUGUAUUUUAUGACCAAGUAGACCAAGUCAGAAAGAUCUCUCUCGAGCGUACCAUAAACCUGCAGAGAGAAGUCUCGAAAGGCUCCACCAGGUACCAAGGGCAGCUGCUUUUCCUGUCUUUUGUGCAUGGGCGACCCAUUACAGUAUGAGAUAAGAUUGAGUUCUGAUGCGUUCAACGGAGGUGGCAGAAAUUUGUCAAGAAGGCCUUAUCCAUUUCGAUUGUGUGACAGAUGGAAAUUUAUUGUUUACAUUGGGGAAUGUAUCUCAAAUUUUUAAAUAGAAGAGUAAUAAACAGACUUUAAAGCAAAUAUGAAGAUUUUUACUCAUUCAAGGCAAGUAAAUGAAUGGAAUUAUCUGAGCUCUAUGGCACUGGUUGUUUAGAGUGACUGAUGAAGUGCAACUUUCAAAAACAUUUUUGAUGACAUCACCAGCCUACUGCAGAAGUGCAGGGCACCAGUAAACACCAUGUAUUAUUGAAGAUGAAGCUGUUUGUAUGUAUCCUUGUCAAAUAUAUUCUAUAAUGAAAUAAAAUCUGAAAAGUGGA